GUUCGAUCUAAAAUUUAAUUGUAACUGCGAUUUUAUUGUUCGCGUUGGGACAUCAUAUCUUACUAACCUCUUCCCUCAAUCUUUCUAUCACUAUAUCUAUAUCAAAUAGAAUGGAACGGCUACGCCAAUACUUUCAUCGCCGUCGACGCAGCAGCGCAGCACCCCUUCAAGGAUCUCAAUCUCCUCGUCUAAGUAGUGACAGACGUAAAAAGAGCAACCAGGUUGUCCGUCGCCUAUACAUCACCUCCGACACAGCAGACUUUGACGCGAAUAUUCUCCGACGAUUCGAAGCGGAGGGCUUCACUGUCGAAUACAUUCCUUUCCAAGAGUCCAACGAGGAUCUCGAGAGGGAUCGAAAAGACUUGGACAAUUUGAUCCACGAGCGAGAGGAUGAUCUCGAGCCGGGAGAGAGAUAUGCGAUUGUCGCAUACAACAAACCAGCCUACCUUCUCCUCACAUCUCACCACCAUCAAACAACAGCCACCAACCCCUUCCCCCUGCUCUGCGCCCUAGUAACCUACUAUCCUCAAAUCCCUGGGACUGAAACCCACAGCAAUCUGACCGAAUGCCCUAACACUACGACAAACCCCUGCAUCGUGCCUCCUUCAACGACCUCUUCCUCAACAACUUCCUGCUAUGACACCCUUUCUGUCCUCCCCAUCCAAGUCCAUCUCGCAGGACAUCAGUUCACCACCCUCUGGGAUGACUACAAUAGCCAUCCAAGCAAAAAGCGUCACAGAUGUCACCUCUUCUUCUACCCGGAAUCAGAACCCGGCUUUGCGGAGUCGACAGCGGAGACCCACGAUGUGAUCAGUGCACGACUAGCCUGGAGUCGGGCGCUGGAUUGUCUGAAGCGUGGGUUCGGGUGGCCCGGAGGGAGUUGGAAGAUCCCCGCCGCGGAGACGUUGUGGGUGGAGUACUGGCGUAAUCUGUUCUACAACGGACAGGAGGUGAGCGGGGAUGGGGUGGGGAGCCAUGCAGCCAAAAUGGCUAAGAUGAUGGUGAAGAGCGGUGGUGGUAUCCCGUUGCAUGGGAACAGGGAUAGUGAUGGAGAGGAAUCGGAUCCGACUGCGGAAUUGAACGAGGUGGCGAUGGUGAAUUGCAUUCCUACUUUAAUCGGGGGUCGGUGCUGUCUUCUUCCGUUUCCAUUUGCCUCCUUCUCCCUCCCUCUUUGUGGCCUAUUCUGAUUUUGGGGAAAUCAUCCGACUCAAAUC